UAAAUGCACAAUUGGGUCCCCGUUCCCAAGACUCUCCCAAUAAAAAACACUCCUUUCCUUAUCUCCUCUGGUUCUUAUCUCCAUUUGAGAACAAAAAACCAGAUCUUUUCCAUGGCGAAACUGAAACCUUGGCAAAAAUUUUACUUUCCCUUUUUGCUACUUCCAUUGUUGUUUCUACUUGGAUUCACACAAGCUCAACAAGGCUAUGUAAAUAAUCAGCAGCUCGAUUGUGAAAAUCCAAGCAAAGACAACAAUAUAACAAGAGGAUAUUCCUGCAAUGGUGAGCGGCGAUCAUGUCAAUCUUACAUUAUUUUCCGAUCAGAACCACCUUAUUACAAUACAGCUGUCUCCAUAGCGUACCUGUUAGGAGCUCAAGCUACCCAAAUCUCCUCUAUAAACAACCUUUCAGCUGAUAUUACAGCAAUUACCCCCAAGUCAAUGGUGGUUGUUCCAGUCAACUGCUCCUGUUUCAGCGGUAGCAGCGGCAGCUAUUACCAGCACAAUGCUUCUUACAGCAUCAAGUUUCCUUCUGAGACAUACUUUUCCAUUUCUAAUGAUACUUAUCAGGGUCUUACAACUUGCCAGGCAAUGAAAGCUCAAAAUCCCAUUGACUAUAGGGAAUUAAAGGUUGGUGAUGAACUUGUAGUUCCUAUUAGAUGUGCUUGUCCUACUCUUAGACAAAUCCAAGCUGGUGCAAAAUAUUUGCUUUCUUACAUUGUUGCUUGGGGUGAUAGCUAUUCUUCAAUUGCUAAAACUUUUGGUGCUGAUGAGAAAAGUAUAUUGGAUGCCAAUGAGCUAUCUGAGGAUGAUAUUAUAUUUCCAUUUACGCCCCUUUUGGUGCCACUUUCUAAUGAGCCUACCAAUAUUGAACUGCCUCAAACCUCCCCACCUCCAGCUCCAGCUACUCAAAUACCAACUGUUCCUGUUGGAGAAUCUAAGUCUUCCAAGAAAUGGGUUUUCAUCGGUGUUGGAAUUGGAGUCGGUUCCCUUCUCCUUCUUGGUCUAGCAGGGUUCUUAUUCUGUUUCUACAGACGUCAACGCCAAACUCACGAGGCCAGGCCAAUAGCUUCGCCACCGCCAAAACCACCAUCCAAUCUGAAACCUUUUCCGGAUUCAGCAAAUUACACUGGAAACUCCUGGUCUGUUUCAAUAUCUUCCCAAGGGGUUCGUUAUGCAAUCGAAUCCUUAACUCCCUACAAAUACGAGGACUUGAAAGCUGCUACUGGGAAUUUCAGUGAAUCUAACAGAAUUAAAGGAUCAGUAUUUCGGGGUUCUUUCCAAGGUGACGAUGCUGCUGUGAAAGUAAUGAAAGGGGAUGUUUCUUCAGAGAUCAAUUUAUUGAAGAAGAUCAAUCACACUAACAUUAUCAGGCUUUCAGGUUUCUGUGUACAUGAAGGAAACACUUACCUUGUCUAUGAGUAUGCAGAUAAAGGCUCAGUAAGUGAUUGGCUUCACUCCAACAAGUUACAAACUUCAUAUACUCUUUCAUGGAAGCAAAGAGUUCAGAUUGCAUAUGAUAUAGCUGAUGCACUCAAUUAUUUACAUAACUACAUAAAUCCUCCACAUAUUCAUAAGAAUUUGAAGACUAGUAACAUUCUCUUGGAUGUUAACUUUAGAGCCAAAGUUGCUAACUUUGGAUUGGCAAGAACUAUUGAGCACAAUAAUGAAGGUGGAAUGCAGUUGACAAGACAUGUGGUUGGCACUCAAGGUUAUAUGGCUCCUGAGUACAUUGAAAAUGGCGUGAUCACACCCAAGCUUGAUGUUUUUGCGUUGGGGGUUAUUAUAUUGGAGCUUUUAUCUGGGAAAAAAGCUGCAAAUGGUGAAAAGAAUGAAGGAGAGGAGUUGUUAUCUGCAUCUAUCAAAGGAGUGCUUGAAGGGGAUAAUGUGAGAGAGAAGCUCAAGGACUUCAUUGAUCCUUCUCUUAGGCCUGAAUAUCCCCUGGAUUUGGCUUUCUCAAUGGCUCAACUGGCUAAAAUUUGUGUUGCUCAUGAUAUCAAUGCUCGUCCUUCCAUGUCUGAAGUUUUGGUCACUCUAUCUAAGAUUCUAUCUUCUUCAUUGGAUUGGGAUCCUUCUGAUGAGUUUCAACGCUCUACAUCUCUAAGCAGUGCCAGGUAGAGAGUUGGACAGUGUGAAAUCAACUACAUUGGUGAAGGUCAAGCACUAAACUAGGGAGGCAAAAAAUAAAAUAAGGGGAUGGUAGUGAUAUUUUUCCAACCAUAGUAGUGUAUAAGACAGCUUUCACAUUAGAUUCUAUGGUACCUUUGUAUGUCCAAUGUGAAAUAUGAGAUGCAAUGCAAUACCAUAUACUCAUGAAUAAUUUUCCCACUACUUGUUUUUAUGGUUUUUAUUUCCCGUGUUAAUAUAAGAGAAAAAAUAAAGAUAGGAUAAUCAGAGAUCAUAAAUAAAAAAAUUUCUGGUACUUCCAUGUUUUAGGUUUU